UCUACUUCCGCUUUAAAAACUCUUUCGCUCAAGUCGACUCAGAGACUUGCAUUUUGUUCAAAGAACGUACAGCCUACCUUGGUAGCAAAAUGCUCGGUGCCAUACCGAGAGGCCUUGGAUCAGCCUCAAAACAAGUGGUCUCUCAUGUAAAUCGCUAUAUUAUCCCUGAAUUUCAUUUACCAAAAGGCAGUGGUAUUAUAGUAGCGGAACCAGUGGCGGCUUUAACCAAUUAUUCACUAUCCAAGCUGAUCCCAAACAAGCCUCUUGCUGCCAGUCAUGGUGUAACAGCUAAAACCCAAGUUAGAUUUGCCCACACAGAUAUCCAAGUACCAGAUUUCAGUGAAUACCGAAGGGACUCUGUAAAAAAUUGCAAGAAAUCUUCAAAAGAAUCUGAUAUCAGCCGGAAAGGUUUUACUUAUCUUAUUGCCGCUGCUGGCGCAGUCCCUGCAGUUUAUGCUGCAAAAACAGUUGUGCAUGAAUUUGUUGCUUCAAUGAGUGCAUCAGCAGAUGUUCUGGCUCUUGCUAAAAUUGAAGUAAAGCUUUCUGAUAUCCCAGAAGGUAAAAACGUCACCUUCAAGUGGAGAGGUAAGCCUUUAUUUGUGAGACAUCGCACUGAAGAAGAAAUUGCUACAGAAGCAGCUGUUGAUAUGCAAAGUUUGCGAGACCCUCAACAUGAUUCAGAUCGUGCUGAAAAACCAGACUGGUUAGUUGUGAUAGGUGUUUGCACACAUUUAGGUUGUGUACCCCUAGCCAAUGUAGGAGACUUUGGUGGAUAUUAUUGUCCCUGCCAUGGCUCUCAUUAUGAUGCUUCUGGAAGAAUUCGUAAAGGUCCUGCACCAUUGAAUCUGGAAGUUCCACCAUAUAUAUACAAAGACGAAUCUACCUUAGUUGUUGGUUAAUGUAGAUUCAGUUUAGUUAAUUUAAAAGAAAUGAAUGUGCAGUUUAUAAUUUGAUAUUCAUCAAAGCCCUGCCACUUUAGACUGUUACACAUGCAAAAAUAAAUAAA